AUGAAGCUAUCCACGAUUCUGCUCUCAUCGGCACUCUUUGCCGCAGUGACUCACGCCACUAGCUCAAUAUCCACACCGACAUCAGCAGCAGGAACCUCUGGUCAAACAAGCAGCAGCAGCUCCGAAGAAACCAGCUCCAUCGAGGACGACGAAAUCAGCUACCAACCCUCCCUCGACGCCAUCUCGGACGAAUGGAAACAGAUCUGUGAUAACGGCUGCCAGCCAGGCACCUGGCCCAGCGACGCCUCGUACAUCUCGCAAUUCCUCGUUCCUGAGCUCAUCUCAAUUCAGUACAAACCCAACUGCACAGCGAGACCCGCCCAUUUGAAAUACAUGCGUGAGCUCUUCGAGUGUAGUGGUCGACGCGACCUUUGUUUGGACAUUGACAAGAAGACGAGAAAAUGCCGUGAUCAGGCGAUGCGCAAGGUGACUACAUCGUUGAAGCAUAUAGGAGAGAGCGGGAUGGAUUGUGAACGAGACGAGGAUUGGAGGGGGGGUUUCUAUCAGUCGGUGCUGGAUUUUAUGAGAUAUUUCAAUACGAAGAUGUGUCGAGGGGUCGAUGGGAUGAGAGACUGCAAGUUGAUGGGAAACUGUGUGUCGUUGAUAACAGAGACUUGA